UGGAAGAAACGUCGCCGCUAUAACAAUUUUGCAUAGUCUGUCGAAAGAUCUCGCAAAGGCAAGAGUAUUGGUUUUGUACACAGCAGAUGUCAGCUUACAGUAAGACGAGUUAAACUAUUCACUUAAUUGAAGAGGUUAUCAAUUCAGCAAUAAAGAAAAUAAAAACCCAGACAUGACAGGAAGGAAGUACAAGCCAUGUGCGACGAUGGUUUUAGACAAGGGUCUUAACUACAUAACAUCCACUCCUGGCAUUUUAAAGAUUUUUGAGUUUAUUUUUCUGCUGGUAUCACUGGCGUGUAUCACAGGAUUUAUGAAGCCUCUAAAUAACAUCAGAGGAACUUGGAAUUUCUUCCUUUUCAGCAUCGCCGUGACUUGGGUUUUGACAAUGGUCUCGUUUCUAUUUUUCACUCUUGGCGGACAUAAAAAGUUUCCUUCCAUGAACUGGGUGCUUGCGAUUGCGAUAAUAUAUUUCAUAUUCACUAUUCUGCUGCUAAUUGCGUCCGGAAUACUCGCUGACAACGCCAGAUCGUAUAAAGUCUCAGGUCUAUGUGACACGUGGAAGGCUGGGAAUAAAGACAUCGAGUGUAACAUCCUUGUUGUCGCUGUGAUUUUCGCCUUCGCUGCUUUCGUGAUGUAUUCUUUGGAUACUUUAUUUCAUUUCUGGUUGAGCAUAGUCGCUGAACCUGAUGCGAGCGAUGAGGAGACUGCUGAAAUAGAACCGAAAGACGAGUCCCAGACAACAAACGGCGCCCUCUAGGAUCCGCCAGGAUCGUCAGUCCACGACGAUAUUUAACAUAAUAAUAUCUGUGUUGUGAACUGAAAUGUUUAAUUGAUCCCAAGCGUUCGACUGUAUAUCAAUGUGAAAAAUUUCUAUUCGGUGUGGGAUGAAGAUAAAAAAUAUUUUGAAAAUACAAAAGCAACUGCUAUUCAAAGAAAAUCCGGCAAAUCAUUUAUGGCGGCAAAAUUAUAUUUGUUCUUUCAUUUGUGUCGUAAAGUUUCUUAAAUGUCUACACCCAUGCACCAAAUAGAGUCUUACAAUAGCUUCAGUUUCAUAUACAUGAAGUAGAACGUUCAGUCAUACAAUGAAUAUUUCUCCUCAUAGCUCGGAAAACCUAAAAAUAUGGGUUUUUAAUCUCCCUUUCCAGGGCUAUAGUUAAUUAGUUUGGCCGACAUGGAAUUAUACGGCAGUAUAAGAUUGCGACAUUGUUUAGAACUUAGAAUUAAUUUUCGAUGCUGUGUGAUUUGUAACUUCGUAUUUACCGAAUGUAAAAAUAUUUUGACUAUGGCAGGUACUCAUUUUUAUUUAGAAGUGUUUUUUAUUUUUAACGGCAAACACUGGCAU